AUGAUGGACACAUCGAAUCAUAGUAGUCUGAACGACGAUGAUUUCUCACCGGAGCCACGUGGAAGAUGUUACACGUGGCCGAUGCAACAAUUUGUGGUUUACGAUCAACCACUUGGUGGAAUGCAGACACCAACUCCAAUGCAAAUGCAAAUGCAUCAAGCACAGCAACAACAACAUCAUAUGACUGUUGGACAAAUGUUGACGAGUAGUGUUGCUGGAUCAAGCGGUGGAUCGAGUGGUUCGGGAGGACCGGCACAGAAAAAGAAACGAUGUCGGAAAAAGCCCGCCGAUCAAUUGGCACAGAAGAAACCGAAUCCGUGGGGUGAGGAGAGUUAUAGUGAUAUAAUUGCGAAGGCUUUGGAAAGUGCACCGGAUGGAAGAUUGAAGCUGAAUGAGAUUUAUCAAUGGUUUUCGGAUAAUAUUCAAUAUUUUCGAGAGAGGAGUAGUCAAGAAGAAGCGGCUGGAUGGAAGGUAGCAACAUUUGAGAACGCUUAGAAAUUGACUAGAAGUUUUGAUUUUUCUUGAAAAAGUCCAGAAGUUCCGAACAAGAGUUGUCAUAAUUAAUUAGCACUAUCUCCCCAUUUUUCCUUCUGCCCUCUUGCCUUUUUCUCACUAGUAUAUACUAUGAGAUAGCGAAAAGACGGUUUGUCCUUGACACACUCGGUGUUCACUUUUCUCCCCUUUUUUCCGAAAAAAAGGACAGACUAAAAAAUUUGGGAUUUUCAAAAAAAAUUAAUGGGGAGGGUCUUGAGUGGAAACUAAAAAAUGUCAGGAGGGGCGGGAAAAUCUGAUUUUUGGCUCCAAAAUUGAUUUACACAUCGAAAUCCACGUGGCACAUUAUUUUUUCGAAAAACUUCAAUGAAAAUUCACGUGGGAACAUCGUUGUGUCCAGAAAAAUCAAAAUUAAAAUCCACGUGGAAAAGUGUCAUGAAUUUGCACCAAAAUCCGAGAAAACCUCUAGCCAAAAUUCCAGAAAAAUGAAUAUACCUAUCAAAAUUCCAAUUUUGCAGAACUCAAUCCGCCACAAUCUCUCACUGCACUCCCGUUUCAUGCGAAUCCAAAACGAGGGUGCCGGCAAAUCAUCGUGGUGGGUCAUAAAUCCAGAAGCCAAACCGGGUCGAAAUCCACGACGAGCACGCGAUCGAUCAAACACCAUCGACGCCGUCUCGAAAGUGCAUUUGGAUCGAAGUCGACGAGGUGCCCGAAAACGUGUGAAGGAACGAUUGAACGGCUUACAAGCACCACACGAUUUAUUCGAUGAUGAUUCGAUGAACGGCACUUUUGAACCAUUGGCCUCGUUCCGUGACCGAACUCAUUCGAAUCUCUCAGUUCCUGGAUCAUCUGCAAGAGUCUCACCAAAUGCUGAUCAUACCUAUGAAGAUCUCGAUUUCCCAUCAUGGAUUGAGGCAUCGAAUAUUCCACCAAUACCUUCGGAUAUUGUUGAUCGAACAACACAAAUGCGAAUCGAUGCAAAUAAUCAUAUCAAUGGAAAUCAGCAACAACAACAGACAAUGAUUAAACAAGAGCAAAAGCCGAUAAUUAAAACCGAGCCAAUUAGUUCUUCUCUAAGUUAUCAUGAAUUGAAUAGUGUUCGUGGACCGUGCGCCCAAAAUCCGUUGCUGAGGAAUCCGAUUGUGCCGAGCACCAAUUUCAAACCGUGAGUUUUUUUAUUUUGGUUAGAAAAAGAUUCAAAAAUUUUAAUUGACCUUAGCGUCACGGGCUUUAGGAGCAGAAAAGCUCUCAUUUUAACCCAGCACCAUAGAUUAAUUUUUAUCACAAUUUUUUUGUGAGGGGGCGAAGUACUUUUCUCGUAUUUUGUAGGUGGUGUGAUUGUUCUGACUUGAAUGCACUCAGCCAUACUUUGAAAUAUAGGCAUAAUGAUAAUGCUAAUUAGUAGUUAGCUAAUGUAUUUUUAUCAAGAUUUUGACUGAAAAUUAGAGAUUGAGGAAGUGGAAACAAAUAAGGGGGAGGGGGUUUUAAGCUUCAAAAAAUCUAAAUAGAAAAUUGAUAUUUUACUAAUAUUUUUUGCCUGGAAAUUGAAAUCAUAUGAAUUUCCUGAAUUUUUCAAAAAAAAAAUCGCCACACAACUUUUAGACUCUGAAAAAAACUGCAAAAGAACCUUCAAAAAUUCCAAAACGUCCCAAAAUUCACACUAAAACCUUUCCGUUAUUCCAGAAUGCCUUUGCCACCAAACAACUAUGCGACAUCCUUCUCAAAUACUUGGGCAAUACCAUCAACAAUGGCCGGUCCACCGCCGCCACUUCCAAAUGUUCAACAAUCGUGCGGUGCCACCUAUCAUCAACAACAACAACACCAUCACAGCCAUCAUCAUAAUCACAAUCAAUCGAGUUCGGCGUCGAGUUCAGCACUUCCGAUCGAUUUGGAAAAUCUGACACUUCCUGAUCAACCAUUGAUGGGAAUGGAUAUGGAUGUCGAAUCAUUGUUACGACAUGAAUUAUCGCAGACCAGAGAUCAUCAGUUGAAUUUUGAUUUGUGA